CCCAGUCUGUCCUCAGAGUGUCUUUCCUCAUCCUAGGUGUCUUACCUGAUUCCCAGCCUGGGAAGCAGGGGCGGCCAUGGCACUGCUGAUUGGAGAUGGCCUGUGGUCCGUGGUCCUAUUCACAGCCGUCUUCCUGCUCCUGGUGGACCUGAUGCACCGACGCAAGUUCUGGACUGCCCGCUACCCUCCAGGUCCUGUGCCCCUUCCUGGGCUGGGCAACCUCCUGCAGGUGGACUUCGAGAACAUGCCGUAUAGUUUACACAAGCUUCGACAGCGCUAUGGUGACGUGUUCAGCCUCCAGAUGGCCUGGAAGCCCGUGGUCGUGAUCAAUGGACUGAAGGCGGUGCGGGAAGUGCUGGUGACCUGUGGAGAGGACACUUCUGAUCGCCCUCCAGUGCCCAUCUUUAAUCACCUGGGCUAUGGUCCCAAAGCAAAAGGAGUGGUAUUUGCACCUUAUGGUCAUGAAUGGCGAGAACAGCGGCGAUUCUCUGUGUCCACCAUGCGAGACUUCGGCCUGGGCAAGAAAUCCCUGGAGCAGUGGGUGACGGAGGAGGCUGGACACCUCUGUGACGCCUUCACCAAACAGGCUGGACAACCAUUUAAUCCCACCACCCUCCUAAACAAAAGUGUAUGCAAUGUGAUUUCAUCCCUUAUUUAUGCCCAGCGCUUUGAGUAUGAAGACCCUUUCUUCAACAGGCUGCUCAAAACCUUACAGGAAAGUUUUGGAGAGGACACUAGCUUCAUUGCAGAGGUGCUGAACGCAGUCCCGGUGCUCCUUCGUAUUCCUGGGCUGCCUGGCAAAGUCUUCCCCAAGACGACAGAGUUCAUGGACUCACUAGAUAAGAUGUUGAUUGAGCACAAGAAAACCUGGGACCCUGCCCAGCCACCCCAAGACCUGACACAUGCCUUCCUGGCUGAGAUGGAGAAGGCCAAGGGGAAUCCUGAGAGCAGCUUCAACAAUGGAAACCUGCGCACAGUAGUAAAUGACCUGUUCAUUGCAGGGAUGGUGACCACCUCAACCACACUGUCCUGGGCCCUGCUGCUCAUGAUCCUACACCCGGAUGUGCAGUGGCGCGUCCAACAAGAGAUUGAAGAAGUCAUAGGGCAGGUUCGGCGUCCAGAUAUGGCUGACCAGGCCCGCAUGCCCUACACCAAUGCUGUCGUUCAUGAAAUUCAGCGAUUUGCUGACAUCGUCCCAGUGAAUAUACCACACAUGACAUCCCGUGACAUUGAAGUACAGGGCUUCCUCAUCCCCAAGGAAGAGGUUGUGCAUGUGACCAUGGUAACCAGGGUACUGGCAGCCCCACCACAGUCCAUGUUCACACCAUAUGCCUCCUGCCAGGGAACGACCCUCCUCACCAACCUGUCCUCAGUGCUGAAGGAUGAGACUGUCUGGGAGAAGCCCCUCCGCUUCCAUCCUGAGCACUUCCUGGAUGCCCAGGGCCACUUUGUGAAGCAUGAGGCCUUCAUGCCAUUCUCAGCAGGCCGCCGAGCUUGCCUGGGUGAACCCCUGGCCCGCAUGGAGCUCUUCCUCUUCUUCACCUGUCUCCUGCAGCGCUUUAGCUUCUCGGUGCCCAGUGGACAGCCCCGGCCCACCGACCAUGGCAUCUUCACAUUGCCAGUUACCCCAACCCCUUAUGAGCUCUGUGCAGUUGUGCGCUAGCAAGGACAGCAGCUCCAUCCUUCCCUCCAGCUUGUGCUGAUUGAUGUCCAAUAAACCCGGUCUGUGACUGCCACUCAGA